UGCGUUGGACCCGGUGGCCGUCAUCCUGACUCUUUGUCUCCCACUCUCGACGUUUGUAAGCCAGCCCCACUCGUAAGCCAUCACGUCGUCCCAGCAAUAACACAACAACAUCGUUGCAACCGUACCUCUUGCAGAAAUGUUGAUCACUCUGAAUGGAAUACCUGUGAUUUCUAUCUCUUCUACUUUACAAUCUUCUUCGCUUCUGUUCUCAUCGUCUCCAUUUGCUGGAGGUUAUCCUCCCGGUCGAAAAAUUCUUCAUUCCUCCUCGUCCUCGUCCUCGCCGGUGUCUCCCCUUGGAAAAUAUCUCGCGUACAGAACAGACAAAAAAGUCCUCAACAAAGCGAUCAAAAACUUAUCAGUUUUCCUCUCUGAUUCUAAAGAUGCGCUUCCACCGCCGGAGUUGGCAAGAUUGUGGAAAGGAAUAUUUUAUUGCUUCUGGAUGUCUGACAAGCCCUUGAUUCGGCAAGCUGUCGCAACCGAGCUUACAGAACUUGUGUUGACUAUCACGUCAACGCCAGCUGCGCUUUCGUUUCUAAGUUGAUUCUGGGAAACGACGGUUCGUGAGUGGAAUGGAAUUGAUUGACUUAGGCUCGACAAGUAUUAUAUGCUUGUGAGGAAGUUUGCAUGCGCAAGGAUAGAAUCGUCAGAUCGAUAUCUUCCCGACCGAGAGUCCAUAUCCGAAAACUACAACCGCAUAUACAUGCACCACACAGCCGCAUUUCAAGGUUUUGUUCCAUGAGUAUCAAGUUUUACGGCGCCGUAUCCACUCUUUUCGU